UAUCAACAAAUAUUUUUAAAAGGAAAAAAAUGUAAACAAACUAACCCUACUUAACCUGGAAUUUUUUUUUUAUUUUUUUUUUCUUCACUUACCUUGAAUUAAACAAAUCGCAGAAAACAUCUGGUAUUCCAUUUUGGGUUAAUUUUAUAAAUUCACUUCACUUUUUUAUUUCACAAUUACUUUUUUAAUUUAAUAAUUUUGUAAACAUUUUCUGUUUACAUUUUCAAAUUAAAUCACGAAAGUUUCUAGUAACUUUCUCUUAAACUAACCAAUCACAACAUUUCGUUCAAUGGGAAGUUAGCCUUUUGUUUUUUUACGGAAUACAUUACGGAUAACAAAAAUGACGUCAUAAUUAUUCUUAUUUUUAUACAUUUGCCAAUUUUAUUUAUUCGAAAUUGGUUAACAAUUUUCAAUUUUUAACCAAAUGGUCCCUCUUAGAAUUUUUUUCUCUAUCGAUCUAUAAGAGGUUGUCCACGACUUCCCAAUCACGCUGUAUACUAUUUACCUAUGAGUUUAUUGACUCUUCUUUUUAACACGUGUAGUACACAGUUUUCCUAAAAGUAUCAAAUUGAGACCAAAAAUUGCAUCAAAUGUUUGCAACGUUUUGAUGCACAUAAGUUAUAUCAAAAAGAGAUCGUUUUGUGUAUCAUUUUUAGAAAUGAUACACGAAACGGUCUCAUUUUUUGAUGCAAAAAAUUUAAUCAAUUUAUAUCAAUCAUGGCCGAAUUGAAUCGACUCAAAAUUAAACGAAUUUUUUUCAGAUAUUUUGUUAAUAGUACAAUUGCGGAGACCAUUUCACUACCAGUUGAAAAUGAAGCAAAGUAUUUAAAUCUUACGUAUGCUACCCAGCGAAUUAAUUUAAAUAGAAGGGAACAGCUUCACUUGAAUUUGGCAGAUAUAUUUCAAAAUCAUUGGCCCCAUUUAAAACAAGAAAAACAUUUUCUUGCACAUGCUGAAACUUUGCUUGGCAAAACAGUUCAAAACAUAUGGCUUGAAAACGCAAAAAAUAAAAUUCCUGCAAUUUACGAAUAUUUCAGAGAUUAUUACACGAAAUACAAAAAGGAAACAAUAAAACCUAUAAUUGCCAAAAAUUUGGAGUCAGUUUUGAGUGAAAUAAAAAAUGCUUCGUCAACUUUGGAUUCUUCAUUUCCAAAAACGAUUGGAUUUCUUCCACUUCUAGCCUCUUUUUUUAACGAAGAGCCUAUUUUUAAAUUGGCUGAUAUUGACGCUUCGGAUGAGGAAAUUAUAAAAAUGGCUAAUAUUACACGUCCUAUUCUCAUCAUAAAAGGAAGAAGUCUGUUUGACGAAUCUUCACAGUGUCUAAUAGUAGUCGAAGAUACGAUUCUAAUAAGAACUUCCAAUGUCUUACAAGGGAUUUUCUUAUUAGUAUUAUCAUACUAUGUUUAUGGGUUUAAUUAUGAAGCGAAGAAGGCAUCGAGCUUCGAAUUUAUUCAAAGACUGCUUUUAGAUAUAAACCCAUCAAGCAAAGGCAGUAGGAGGCAAAGAAAAAAUAAAUCCCAAAAAUUAAAUGAAGAGGAUUCAAGGACAGCCAAAUUAAUAAAUAAUGCAAUAAAACAUAUAAACCAAUGUAUUUAAGGAGGGAAACUCGUGUAAAAAAAAUUUUUACAAAAUUUUUUUUUCGUCAUGCAAAGCGUAUUUGUGUAUUUUAACGAUAAAAGUUUUAUUUUUUGAUUUUGGUUGAGAUUUGAGACCAGUAGGCUGCACGGCGCAAAACCAAAGAUCUAACUUUAAACGCAUGUGUUGCUGUGAUAUUGGAAGAUUUUUAGAUUCAAUAAACUUUACAAUUUUUUUGUAAAAAAAUCUUGAAAAAACUUUCCUUUACA